UAGACUUCUGCGGAACUUUAGUUACAGUUGAGUUUUGCUUGGGAACAGAAGGAAAGCGACAAAACCGGAAACUGGGAUCACGGCGGAGAUAGAUCAUCGUCCGGCGAGAUGCGAUCGCUAGGGUUAGGUUUAGGGUUUUGGAUCUCUCUUCUCGCUUUUCCGAUCUCACUUUCGGAUUCUUCGUCUUCUUCUUCUUCGGCCGAUCAGCUCACCGUCGACGGGACCGUUCUGCAACUCACCGAGUCUAACUUCGACUCGGCGAUUUCCAGUUUCGAUUUCAUCUUCGUCGAUUUCUACGCUCCCUGGUGUGGUCACUGCAAGCGCCUUAGCCCCGAGUUAGAUGCGGCGGCGCCGAUUCUUGCGAAACUGAAGCAGCCCAUUGUGAUCGCAAAGCUAGAUGCUGAGAGAUAUUCCCGCCUUGCACGGAAACUUGAUAUCGAUGCAUUUCCUACACUCAAGCUCUACAACCAUGGAGUUCCAAUGGAGUAUUAUGGACCAAGGAAGGCCGAUUUACUUGUCCGUUACCUGAAGAAGUUUGUUGCUCCGGAUGUCGCAGUUCUGGAGUCAGACUCUGCUGUCAAGGAUUUCGUCGAAGAUGCCGGGACUUUCUUCCCUUUGUUUCUCGGGUUCGGCUUGAACGAGACAGUGAUGUCUACUUUGGGUGCAAAGUACAAGAAAAAAGCAUGGUUUGCUGUUGCAAAGGAUGCCUCUGAGGAUGUAAUGGUCUCUUAUGAUUUCGAUAAGGUUCCCGCAUUGGUUGCCAAGCAUCCGAAGUACAACGAACGGAGCGUGUUCUAUGGACCCUUUGAAGAUGGGUUUUUAGAGCAAUUCGUGAAGCAGAAUUUCCUUCCUCUGACUGUGCCUAUAAACCGUGAUACCCUGAAGUUACUGAAAGAGGACGAGAGGAAGAUUGUUUUGGCAAUCGUCGAAGAUGAAACUCACGAGAGCUCGGGUAAACUGAUCAAGGCGCUGAGAGCUGCCGCAAAUGCUAACCGUGAUAUGGUGUUUGGGUACGUCGGCGUUGAGCAAUUCGACGAUUUUGCCGACUCAUUUCACGCGGAUAAAAAGUCUAAGCUGCCUAAGAUUGUUGUAUGGGACGGAGAUGAGGAGUAUCAUCAGGUAAUCGGGGUCGAGACCAUCGAGGAGGAAGAUCACCUAACCCAAAUCUCGCGGUUUCUCGAAGGAUACAGAGAAGGAAGAACAGAGAAGAAGGGAAUCAAAGGGCCGACAUUGAUGGGAUUCAUAAACUCAAUGAUCGGGAUCAAGACAGUGUACAUCGUCGUGUUCUUGGUCGCCGUUCUUAUGAUAAUAAGGAGCCUUGGCCAAGAGGACGAGCCUCCUCGUCCUCGGGUGAGGGCCACCACAUCGGCAAGCCGUGAACCCACCGACCAGACCGGUGUCGCUGAAGGUGAGAGCAGUGAGCUUAAACCCAGAGACAAAGAGGAUUGAGAAAUCAUAGAGACAGUGGAACUCUUGUUUUUUUCUUAUUUUUCUUCCUUUCUAGUGUCUACGCUCCAUGGUUUUAUUGUCUUCCAUGUUAUGAUACUUCUUCAUACAUGAGACAUAUAUCAUAUGAAUAAUUUUUAAUUUAUUA